CCCGAAAGCAUUAGCAUUUCCCAUCAACAUUUCAAUUGCUACAGCAGUAUAUUCGCGUUUUGCAAUAUUACGCAGCCGAAACCAUAUGCGCUAGCCAGGGCACGAGUCCGUCGUAAUCACGUUGCAGCGUAACCGGAAUCCAGACGGAUACAUUAGUCUAGCUUUCCUGUAAAUAAACCGGAAAUUAUUCCUGCGCCGGGAAGACUGGCAGACAGGGUGAAAAGUUAAAUUUACCCGGUUAAGACGCUGACUUUGCGCAUUGAAUGUAUUGUACGCAGCAUACUGUACGUACUUAAUGUGAACAGAAUUUUUGGCGGCCGGAUCGAGCUGCGCUAUGAUUGGCUAAGCGCCUUUAUACACUAUACAGUUUAACGCGCGAGAGGCGGUGUUACAUCCAGCUUCCGGUCAGCGGCAAACGCCGCUGUGUCGUCCAACCAUUACGGCGCAUAACCCUAAUUCUAACGCCAGAAUUGCACCUUUGCUACCUUCCAUAAGCUCCGUGUUUACCGGGUUGACUCCCAGCGUCAUCGAUACGUUAGGGGAUUUGGCGGCACGGAUUACGAUUAUUAAUGCCGCAGCCACGCACCUUUAUCGCAAUCUUCCGUCGUGACAGGCGGGCACAUCGCUGUCUUCUACGGGUUCAGUUAAAUAACCCUUUGGAUGUUUCCUGCGGGCAGAUUAUUCCAUUGAUAUUUAAGGGAUAACAAGAAGAUUUCCCGAAUGUCAGGAAAGCUUUCUUUCUUUCAGUGCUAUCUUACUUGUGCAAUCGUACAAUGGCAUUUCUAUAGGAAAUAGCUAACACUUUCCAUAAGGUUCGGAUUUGCCAACUAUGGAGAUUGCCGUGGAUUCCAGGGAAAGUGAAGUUAACGGUUCGUCCCACCCGGAUAAUGUGGUUAAACAACUGGAAGAGCUUAGCGGAUACGGUGUCGAUUACAUUUACGGGAUUGGAGUUGUCUACAUGCUAAUCUGUGUGGUGGGUCUGGGAGGAAACAUUUUAGUGUUUUAUGUUAUCCUGCGUUUCUCGGUUAUGCGUACCGUGACCAAUGUGUUCAUCCUGGCUCUUGCCCUGGCUGAUAUUGCCUUCCUGGUGAACAUACCGCUCCUGGUGGUCACAUCCAUAAUCGGUAACUGGCCAUUUGGCAACAUUUAUUGCAAAAUAUAUUACUCCGUUAGCACCAUUAACCAGUUUGCGUCCAGCUUCUUCUUGGUGACGAUGAGUGCAGACCGAUAUCUGGCGAUAUGCUGGCCGAUCUGGAGUCGUCGCUUACGUACAACGGGUGCGGCUCUGCUCAUCUGCGCCUUUGUUUGGAGUUUGGCCAUGAGUUUGAUGUAUCCCGUUUUUGCGUACUCCGGAACGCAGUCAUCUAAUUACAGCGAUGGCGGAGAAACAACCCAGUGCAAUAUAUUCUGGCCGGGCUACAAUGCCACCUCGCUGGUACUGGAUGGAGAAGGCGUUUUUGCGUUGUAUUGUUUUAUUUUGGGCUAUGCACUUCCGGUCAUCCUCAUGAUGUUUUUCUACGGGAUGGUAUUGCGGAGCAUACGUAGCAGUCAUGAGAAGAUCGCCAGCACGAAUAUGGUGGUGACGACGACAAGUGCUUCUCAGAGUAUUAAACGUCGAACGGACAAACUGCGUCGAGUGACCACCAUGAUAUUUAUUGUAAUCCUGGUAUACAUUAUGUGCUGGACACCUUACUGGGUAUUUCAGCUAUUUAUUGUUCUAUCUGGCGACUACCUGGAAUCACUGCGACCGGAAGAUGGUCGCGUGGUAGUCGUCGUCUGUUUGAUCCUGCAGUGCUUCUGUUUUGCCAACUCCGCCAUUAAUCCCAUCCUGUACGCGGUACUGAGCGAUAACUUUAAGCAGAGUUACUCAAAAGCCUUUAAGCGUUCUCGGAAAUGCCAUCCGGCGGCCAGCGGUGGUGGUGGCGGCGGAACAGCCAACAGUAAAUCCGCCGUCAAUGCCACCAUCCUCAUCCGCGAAACCAACACCCUGCGGGAAUUGACCGGCACCGCGGCGACCACCAGUCAACCGCCAUUGUCCAAGACCGGUUGCACACCUCCGCGGCCCAUUCAGAUCUGGUUACGGGGCGACGCGCUGUACCAAGUAGGCAGCGGAUUACUGGUUCUCUUAUAAGAAAACGCAAAUCCCUCGCACGUUUCGCACUGCUUCCAAGAUAAUCUGCGAAAUUUCUGAAUGGGUUGUAUAUUUUCCAAAUGUACAGUUUAUCUUUCUUCCACGCUUAACCUUUUCAAAUCAGAUUAACGCAUUUAUACUGAUCAUUUUGCAUACGUUCAUACAAAUGCCCAUUAUUCGCAUUAAAUCUGGUAUACUUCCACGAUAAUGACGUCCCGCACAAGUUGCGUCAGCAAGACAGACGAAU